UGCUGCCCGCCAACCGCAGAGCCGACGACGGGGACGCGGCCGACGUCAGCGCAGCUCAGCGCGUCGGUUGCCGUCGCCGCCGCCGCCGCCGCCGCCGCGGGACUCGGGAGGCGAAGGACGGACGUCGCGAGCGAGCGCGCGCGGACAACAUGGACGUCAACCUCGCCCCGCUGCGCGCCUGGGACGACUUCUUCCCGGGCUCCGACCGCUUCGCCCGGCCGGACUUCAGGGACAUCUCCAAGUGGAACAACCGCGUGGUGAGCAACCUGCUCUACUACCAGACCAACUACCUGGUGGUGGCCGCCAUGAUGGUCUCCGUCGUGGGUGAUGUUCAUCCACGCCUCGCUGAGGCUCCGGAACCUCAAGAACAAGCUGGAGAACAAAAUGGAGGGGCUGGGGGUGAAGCGGACGCCCAUGGGCAUCGUCCUGAGCGCGCUGGAGCAGCAGGGAGACAGCUUGGGCGUGGUGGCCGACUACAUCAGCAAGGCCAAGGAAUGAAGCCGGCCCGCCCGGGGACGGGCCGCAGCAGCGGGAACCGAGCUGCCGUCUGCUCUGUCCAGGCCCACCUUCUGCUCGUACGUUCUAAAUAGCAGGUGCACGGCCCAGCCCCCUCCCCCCGCCCGCCCCCCGUCCGUGGCACACGUAUGUGCAGGCCAGAGCGCCGACGGCUCGAGUGUCACGGAGGGAAGGCCUCGGAAACUGAACAGAAAGCGCCCUCCCGUUGUGUCUGUGAAAUCUGGUGGGAAAUGUGGAUCACGCCUGUUUCUUUAGGGGAGUAAAAGGAAAUUAAAGAAUUAUGAGUUUUAUUGCAACAGUGCUGUGGUCCCGCAGGGGAAAAGAAACAUGGGUAAACGAAACAGGUUGUUAAAGUAGGUGACGUCGCGGGUCAGCCUGUUUGCAGUCCCCUCCUGCGUCCUCCUCCGAAAGUGUCCCUCAGGGCUGUGACGCGUGGGGCGUAAGCUAGUCUAGUUUUUAUCAUCACUCUUUUAAAGUCGAAGACAACGAUCUGUCUCACUUGGCCGCCUGUCUUGCUGUGCGGUGGAAACCCGGGCGAGCCGGUUGUUCAUACUUUGUUUACACGUGAAAAGAUAGCUGUUUAGAAUAUCUCGUUAAAUUUUUGUAAGGUUUUGAAAUGCUGGCAGUGUGUUCCUCACCAGCAGGUAUUUGUUGCAAACUUAAUGUCAUUUUCCCUUAAGAAGGUUACAGCUGCGUGUGACCCAUGUUAUAUUCUUGACAGACUUUGUUAAAAACACAACCAGACAGAGAAAUAAAACAAAACUCGUGAGUUCUAUUUAUAUUGCA